AUGGAUGUCAAAAACGCCUUUCUCAAUGGUGAUCUCACUGAGGAAGUUUAUAUGCAACCUCUACUUGGUUCCUCUGUUCCUUUCAUCAAAUUUGAGAAGAAAGAUUUGGGUUUGUUUAGCUAUUUCCUCGGAUUGGAAAUUUCUCAUGAUCCUUCUGGUUACUUUUUAACACAAGCCAAGUAUAUCUAUAAUCUCUUGGCUCGUGUUGGUCUUACCAAUUGCAAGGCUGCUACUACUCCAGUUGAUCCUCAGACUCAUCUCACACCUCUUGAUGGUCACCUAUUAUUUGAUGCUACUUUAUAUCGUCAGCUAGUUGGCAGUCUUGUCUAUCUCACGGUUACUCAUCCCGACAUUGCCUAUGUUGUUCACAUUGUCAAUCAGUUCAUGGUUGCUUCUCGCUUUCUGCACUAUGAUGCUCUAGAUUACAUUUUGCACUAUCUAAAAGGCACUAUGUUCCAUGGCCUUCACUACUCAGCACACUCUUCUCUACAGCUACAUGCAUUUUCUGAUGCCGAUUGGGCCGGGGAUCCUACUGACCACCGCUCUACUAUAGGGUUCUGCUUUUUCUUAGGUGAUUUUCUCAUUACCUGGCGUAGCAAGAAGCAAACUAUUGUUGCUCGUUCUAGUAUUGAUGCUGAGUAUCGUGCUCUUGCGGAUACUACUCAAGAGCUUGUGUGGCUUCGUUGGCUUUUGACUGAUAUGAGAAUUCUCCAUCCUGCUGCCACUACCCUUUAUUGUGACAAUCAGAGUUUGGAAAAUUAUUCUGUUCGGUACUUUGGUCUACUUGGAAGCAUAGAAAUGAUUGCAUCUUUAAUAGCCAUCAACCGAGUCCGGGUAAACUGUGUGAGCUUGUAA